AUGGAUGAGGCAGAAGACGCCAGCUCAUUGUGUACGAGUUUGCCGCCGGCGAUCGUGAGACCCAACACUGAUGUCACGGUGCCGCAGCGGGGAGUGCACUCGGCGCAGCUCCUGCGCAAAUUCACGGAGUGCCGCACCCUUUUCCUGUGUUGCGACAUGCAGGAGAAACUGGCCGACAAAAUUCCCGGCUUCCACGACACCAUCCGCGUCUCGAACAACAUCGCGCUCUUCUGUGAGAUGCUGGGCCCGACCUACUGCAACGUGAUCGCCACUGUGCAGUACCCGCAAGGCGUGGGACCCCUCUACCACGAGAUCCAGCUGCCGCCCAACACUCCCGUUUUCCCUAAGAUGAAGCCGUCGAUGCUAGUGCCCGAAGCCCUGCCGUACCUAUACGGUGACGCAGAGCGUGGCAUCUUGCCGGUGCAGCAGGCGGUGCUGUGGGGGCACGAGACGCAUGUCUGCAUCAUGCAGACCGCUGACGAGCUGUUGCGACGCGGCUUUCGUGUAGCGAUUACGACGGACGGUUGCGCGGCACAGCGGCGUAUCGAUCACGAGGUCGCCCUUAUGGAGAUGUCCAAGUGGAGUGGGCUUUUGCUGACGAGCUCCAUCGGCAUGUACGCCAUGAUCGUGCGAGCGGACGAAAUCUUCCGGAAGCCGGUAAUGAAGCUCUCACUAGAUGGCGGGCACGUGUUCAAGCGGCCAUACAGGCGCUCUGAGGACCCGACGCGGCUGCCGCACGAGCGCGAGCGCGAACUGUGA